AUGUCUUCGAAUGACUAUCAGAAAUUCAAUAUAAAAUAUAACGAUAAGGAAAUGCAAUAUGUUAACGCUAACGAAAGGCAACAUAUUAACGCUAACGAAAUGCAACAUUUUAACGUUAAAGAAAGACGAGCAAGGUUAAUAAUUUUGCUCAUUACUGGAAUUUUAAUCAUUGGCUACGGCAUUUGGAAUGUCUGGCGCAUGGUAGAAGCUAUACAAUCACCUGUCAUCAUCGGUUCAAGAAAUAUAGAUCGAGUUGAAAUGUAUGUGCCUGGUGUCGUGCUUUGCGGCUCAACCAUAGUUAAAAUUCAAUGCUAUACAAGCGCCGGUAAAUCUUGUGAUAAAUACGUCUUGGUUGAAGCAUAUGAUGCCACUGUCUUUGUUAAUAUGCGUGGUUUCCAUAAUUUGCCAGGUUACUACUUCUAUAUCUUUGACCCUCAAAAACCUCAAGUACCAAUAUAUGGAACAAAACAUCUUAGCUUUAAUAAUUCGACACAGAAAAUUGAAUUGGCCUUAUAUUCAAACAUAGAAGCGAAUAAUACGCGAGGGGCUAUUACAAAGGAUGAAUGGUUUUUCUUUGGAGUAUUCACUGAGCAGGAAGAUCCUCGGAAACCUGCAUUAUCAUAUCUAUAUUUUAAACGUAUCGAAAAAAAACAAACGGUCAAAACUGACGCAAUCACUGGUGGAAGCAUUAGUAAUAUGUACUAUGAUCCAACUGCAGAUGUAGAACUAGUUACAUCCUUUAUCACUUCGAGAGUAUCUGGAAUUGGUUCAGAUCCAUAUCUUUGGUGUGUUUUCCGAAUUAUUCCACAAAAUCACAGAUUUGACGAAGCAACUUUCACGCAUAUUUAUUCUGUGGAACUCUGGUAUAAGCGUAUUGAAUUCACAUUUCUUCAGUUGACUGCUAACAUGGGUGAUUUCGUGAGCCUUCUAAGCACUUUUUAUUUCUUUUUGCUUGGAUCGAGACGCCUUAAUCCAUGGGGUGCAGUUCAAAAAUAUAUUCUUAAAACAAUUCCACCUCCACCUGCAUGCACAACAACUAACAUGUUAAAUACAAACCAACAAAUGCCAUAUGCCGACGCAUACCAAUCACCAUUCCACUCAGUUGAAAAAUAUCACAAUGACCCACAGAUUCAGCGUUUAAGAAAUGAAAUACGAGCUGAAUUAAGAGCUGAAACACAAGCAAUUGCAAAAGACAUCGGAAAAUUGAAAUUAUAUUUAGGUAAACAUUAUUUGCAAGGUGUUGUACCGAAAAAUGAAUAA